AUGUGGUGCAAAUUUGACAUUCGAUAAUUGUCAUUCUCCUUUCCAGGCCGAGUAGCCCGCUACAUUUCGAAAAGAGUUGGUGCAAACAAUGGCUUCAGGCUUAGAAGCAUAUGUGAACAGCACAGUGUCAAUCAUCACAGCGGACGGGCGGAACUUCGUUGGGACGUUAAAGGGCUUCGAUCAGACGAUAAAUGUUAUUUUGGACGAGUCCCAUGAACGGGUGUUCUCAACGACUUCUGGAAUAGAACAAAUAGUUUUAGGUCUUCACAUUAUCCGUGGCGACAAUAUUGCGGUGAUAGGACAAGUGGACGAGACCAUUGAUACGCGCCUGGAAUUCGCUUCUAUUCGGGGCGAGCCACUGGGACCUGUAGUUCAUUAGGAAAUGGAGUUUGUAAGCCAGAAUGAAGGAAAUAAAGCAUUUUAACUCGUGUAUCA